AGCUUUAAUCUCAGUUUUUCCAUCACCCAAGCAAUUUGAAAGUAUCUCUUACACAUGCCACUAUUAAAGAUUCCAAGACAACCCGAUCAAGUGAACAACUACCCCCGUAACCCUCUCUUACAUCUUACAAGCUAGGUAGACCCAAUAGUUAGCCACACCUUCCUUUCUCUAUAUGUAUGCUCCAUCUCGUGAGCUGUAAACUGCAGCCAUAUCCAACAUACCACUCUGUUUUCCUAGAAUUGUGUUGUUAUAAAUAACCUCAAUUUCAUAGAAUUAAUAUAUUAAUAUGCAAUAAUGCCAUCUGUUCAUUCUAGCCCCUGCUACCCGAUGGAAAACCCGGCAAUAGCAUCGUUACUCCGCCAUAAUACAACAGGGGAGAAGCGUAACAAGUUCUCCACCGGUGGCCUCCUAAAGAUGUUCAAGCUCUUUCCUAUGUUAACCUCAGGUUGCAAAAUGGUGGCACUGUUGGGAAGACCACGCAAGCCUAUGCUCAAAGACAGUGCCACCACGGGUACAAUCUUUGGUUACCGCAAAGGGAGAGUGAGUCUUGCUAUACAAGAGGAUACUCGUCAAAUGCCAAUCUUUCUUAUAGAGCUCCCAAUGCUUACGAGUGCUUUAAACAAAGAAAUGGCCUCGGACAUAGUGAGAAUUGCGCUAGAGAGCGAGACAAAAACAAAUAAGAAGAAGUUAUUGGAAGAGUUUGUAUGGGCAGUGUAUUGCAAUGGAAGAAAAGUUGGGUACUCAAUAAGGAGGAAGCAGAUGAGUGACGAUGAGUUACAUGUUAUGCAGCAUUUGAGAGGGGUGUCAAUGGGAGCAGGGGUACUUCCAAACGCAUCCGAGAAGGAAACUUCAGAUGGGGAAAUGACCUACAUGAGAGCCAGAUUUGAGAGGGUUGUUGGUUCCAAGGAUUCCGAAGCCUUGUACAUGAUAAAUCCUGAUGGUGCUCAAUGCCCAGAGUUGAGUAUCUUCUUUGUUAGAGCUCACUAGAAUUAAUAUACAUACCCACCCUUAGCUAGCUACCUUACAUUAUUACUAUUAUUAUUAUUGCUAUUAUCAUAUCAUUGUAAGCUCAAGCUUUUUGAAAAGUGUCGUUAAAUGAAUCACCU